AUAUUUGUGCUCGUUCAGCGGGUCUGAAUCAGUCCCAUUUGUACUUCGCGACGAGACAGUUCGAAAGUUAAAAUGCGCUUGAUUUGUUUGCUGCUUUGCGCAGCUGCCACGUUCCAGCUCAGCCUCGCUGACAACAAAGUAUCCUGCAAGGACGAACAGGGCCAUGAUGUGGACUGGUGGUACAUGUACAAGCUGCCGAAGCACUAUGCCCAGGGAGCACAGAAUGGACAGGAUGUGAGUGGCUUGCGAUAUUUGUAUGUGACCAGCGCCAGCUACGACAACUGGCAGUUGUCGGGAAGGCGCAUUAGUGAUGCUAACUCGCUGCCAGCGCAGACUCUGAAGCCUCUCUACGCGGACCAGCACCGGGUGCUGUUGGCUGCCUACAACGAUGAGUAUCCCAAUGGCACGGUGUCUGCCUCCGGGGGCCACACGAAGGGCGUCAUUGCCACCGAUGGCACAACAGGCAUGUGGCUGGUGCACUCGGUGCCCAAAUAUCCCACUGUGCCCGACUAUAGUUACCCCACAUCGGCUGAGCACUAUGGACAGAGCCUGCUCUGCAUGACGGUGGACGCUGAAGGCGUGGAGAAGGUGGGCGAGCUGCUUGUCUAUAAUGAGCCGCAUUUCUACUAUGAACGCAAUCCCCUGCUGAAGGUUAGCGAAGCGUUUCCCAGUUUGGAGCGCGCUUUGAAGCGCCAAUGGCGCACUGAAGCGCCCUUCCAAAAGGAAGUGGAGCUGCGCACACUUGAUGGCAAGCAGUUUAGACUCUUUGGCAAAAGUCCUCGGGCCGACAUCGAGCUGUAUAGCGAUAUGGUGGCUCCCGCCCUUGGCGUCAAUCUCUUUGUGGAGGCCUGGCGCGAUGGAGCUGGCAACCUGCCCGACACCUGUGACAAGGCCAACAAAGUGUACAACGUUCAAGACAUUUCCAAUGCUGAGUUCCUCGUGGAAUUCAAGACCACCGGCGAUCACUCCAAGUGGGCCGUCUCUGAGGAAUCGGGCAUCAAGCUGCAUCGCUGGCGUAUCGGCGGUGGCGAUUGGAUCUGCAUCGGCGACAUCAACAGGCAACAGGCACAACACCAUCGCGGCGGCGGCACCGUCUGCCACAAGAGCUCCCGAGUAUCGGAUCUCUAUCGAAAGCUUGUGGCCAACUACGAAAAAUGUAACUAAGAAUUUGAGACGAUGCUGCCUAAUAAAAGUCAAUUUCCGAAGCCAAAUUGAAUUCUCCUACAUUGA